GCGUAAAAAUCCAGUUAACAGAACAAAAGGCAAAAGCUUUUGGUGUAUCGCGAAAUGGAAAGAAUGGUGAUGGCAGCGUUGCCACCUGGAGCGCACGCGCUAGCAGCACAAAUCGCGACGCGUUGGCAGCCUGGCGCACAAAAUGUAAACAGGAAAAAAAAUCGAGAAAAAUACAAACAAUACAGACAAAAGUAAGAAGCGCGUGAAGAAAAAGAUAAAAAAAAUACAGAAAAAGAACAUUUUUGGUGUGCAGACAGAAAGAAACGCAAUAAUUGACAGACGAGGAGCUGCCGCAGCAGCAGCCGCCGCCGCCAACAGACGCGCACGCACAUAACGCGGCCAUGUCCAAUAACCACCGUGUGGACACGGGCAAAGAGCUGCCAAUGCCACUAAUACAAGACCAACAACAGCAACUGCAACAGGAGUCAGAGGUGGCGCUGCUGCCGAACAUGAUGUCCAUGCCGACAAUGCCCGUGUCAAAGGGUAUCAUGAUAACGCCGCCGCCACCAUUGAUGCCACCAACGCCGACAUCGUCGCCCAACACACACGGCGAAUGGCCAAAUCUAAAUCCAAACGCUAACGCAUUCCAGCUAACCAGAGAGACCAGAUGGCCAGGAAUCGGCAGUGCUGGUGGUGGAGGUGGUGGGGUGGGUGGGGUUAGUGGUAGUGGUAGUGUUAGUGGUGGGGUUAGCGGGGAACGGGAACAUUUUGCCCUGCCGCAUCUGCCGCCACUGCCGCUGAACGUUGACUAUCUGCCGAGCCUGAUACAUCCGAGCACCCUGCCCUCGAGCAGCAAGAGCUUCAAGAUGCGUCCGCGCAUGAAGCGUCUAAUGUACUGCAGCUACAACAGCAUAUUGACAGAGUCAAACAAUCGCAAGCUGCGCACAGCCGCCUCCACCUGCAAUAUUGAGCUGCUCAACCGGAUUCUGGAGUCGGGCGGUAACCCCAAUGCCGCCGACGAAUACAAUCGCAGUCCACUGCAUCUGGCCGCCUGUCGUGGCUAUAUACCCAUUGUCCAGCAACUGCUGAAAUAUGGCGCAAAUCCGAAUGUGGUGGAUUCGCUGGGAAAUACACCGCUGCAUUUGGCCGUCAUCUCGGCCAGCUCCAAUAAUUUCAAUGUGGUUGUGCGUGUCCUGCUGCAGGGCGGUGCCAGUGUGCACAUGUAUGAUCGCAGUGGUAAAUCCCCGCUAGAGUUGGCGGAGGCCAAGUUGCGGUUGCUGCGCAAUCGCUACGAUCAUCCGACACCGGAGACCGCCACAAUUCUGGAGGAUAUGUGCAUGCUGACAACGUUGAUAUUGCGCUAUAUGGUGAAGCAGCAGCAGGAGCUGGAAGAUCUCUCAGCGCUCGAGAAGCGAUUGCAGAACCUCAGCACCAGUGAUGAUCAGGAGCAGGUCGUCUCCCAAACAGCCGACGAGCUGCUCGCCAGCGUCGAGCGUUUGUCCAUCAACAACAAAUAGAAAACGGGACUCAAACGAUUGCGUUUCCGAUCAUUUUAGAUGGUUUAUUUUACGUUUCCUAAUUUGGCUGCCGUUGAGUUGGAGUUGGAUUUAUGUGUGCCUAAUCUCUGGUUGCGCACCGGAGCGCAAAACACACAACCAAUGCUCACACACACACACACACACCACAAACACACACAUACACCUACAUUGUUUCAUGCGAUCUUUUUUAUUAAGUAUUUCAUUUAAGUUUUCAUUGUUUAUGCAAACAAAACAAAAACAAACAACAACAAAAACACACGCAACCAACAAAUAUGUUUAAAUUUUAAGCUUUACGUUUAGCGCGCCAAAACAAAAUAAAUUUAUGUAAUAAAGAAUGCAAUUUGCAAGUGCAAAAAAACAACAACACAAUUUAAACACCUAAUAAAAAUGAAAGCAAAUUACAAAUACAAUUUAACUUAAAAUUGAUUACAAAAUAAACAAUAAACACAAAUCG